AUGGCGGUGACGACGCGCUCUCAGUCAUCAUUGGAUUCAGAGACUCGUCGGCAGGAGCAGUUCAUACAGUCUCCGGCGGAGGAAACAACGGAACUACGGACUUGGAUUGAAGAACAACAAGCAGUGGCUUCUUGUCAUACAUCUAAAUUGAAGGAGAUCAGUUCGCAAAUGGAGGAACAACGAGCGGUGGCUCCUACUCAUACAGCUCCGCUGAAUGAGAUCGCAGCUCAGCUGAAAUCCUUAGCUGUUGUAAUUGAUCAGAACAAUUUUGUAAGAUCGUAG